GUCUCUUUCAGAAAGAGGUUCUCUCAGGUACCAGAAAACAUGGGCAAGUUUAAGAAGUACUUUGUUUUAAUACUGAGCGUCGUUUCCUUGAUAGUUUUUAUAUACAAUCAAUCAGAAAAUGGAAGUGAAGCAAAUAUCUAUUCAAAGACUGACCCGGAAACUGGAACCCAACCACGGCUGGACACUGUCGAGGACAGGAGAUGUGAGGGGAAGAUCCACACGAGCCCGCUGCCACUGAAGCUGAAGCACCGACAGUACUCAAGAAAGAUGCUGCUUUAUAAACAAUGCAACAAUAACUUGGACAUCAGUGGCAAAUGGGCAACAUUUGACGACAUUCCCCAUGAGGAGUUGCACAACCUGCUAGUGGAUGACAGGCAUGGAAUUAUCUAUUGCUACGUUCCAAAGGUUGCUUGCACCGCAUGGAAACGGAUUAUGAUUGUUCUGAGUGAGAGUCUGAAGGUGUACGGUGUACCUUACAGGAACCCUCUAGACAUCCCCAUCGAGGACGUUCAUGGAUCUUCUCUACAGCAACUUAAUGCAUACCCCAAGGCAGUAAUGAAACAAAAAUUUGAGACAUACCAAAAGUUCAUAUUUGUUCGAGAUCCUUUUGUCAGACUGAUUUCAGCCUACAAAGAUAAGUUUCAAAUCCCAAAUCAGAUAUAUUAUGAAAGUAUUGGGAUAGACAUAUUAAAGAAAUUUGUAAAUGUCUCUAAUCCGCCAGCAUCUGUAGAGCAAGCGCACGCUCAAGGCAUUGUUCCGUCUUUCUACAACUUCAUUCAGUAUAUCCUGAGCCUCCCAGCAGGAAAUGACACAGAGUUUGAUGAACACUGGCGACAAACAGUUCACUUGUGCCAUCCAUGUGCGAUCGAUUAUGACUUUAUUGGGAAAAUGGAAACUAUUGAGGAAGAUGCUGAUCAUCUGCUGCGAAUACUCAGAGUCGAUAACAUUGUUGACUUCAAACCAUGGACAAGAAGUAAAACAGAGCAGAAUGAAAUAAAGACCUGGUUUUCCAACAUCACCAUAGAGUGGAGGAGGAAACUCUAUGAUAUUUAUCAGGCAGACUUUAAACUGUUUGGAUAUGAAAAUCAUGACAAUCUAGAUGAUCCUAAUCCAGAAAACUUUAUAUGAAUCACGUUGUUUAUUGUGUUGUGUUAUGUAGUAUGAUUAUUGUUUCAUGACAUUAGUAGCUUCGUCAUAUUUAUCGAUUUGAAUGGCAGGGGUGUCAUGGUAAUGGAAAAUCUUAUUCCUGUUUCUCACACUACAUUUGAUUUGUUUGACUUCUGAAUUUUAGUAUCAGAAUUUUAAGUAGUAGGACAACCUGAAGAAAGAAAAUAAAUAAAUAAUAAUUGUCAGUGUGAAAUUACAGUGUAUAUAAAUAAAGUGGAGAAACAUUAAAAAAAAAAGAGACUGAGCUGACCUAUUUUUCCAACAUGACCAUUGGGUGUUGGAUGAUAUUUAUAAGGCAGACAUAAGAUACUUUGAAAAUCACAACACUCUAAAUGAUACUGAUCUGUAACUCAUGAUCUGAAUCAUGUUGUUUGUUGUGCUGUGGUUUGUAAUAUGAUUAAUUACCUUUGAUUUAAAUGUCAGCGAUUGCAAAAGUGUGUACAUACCUAAUCUUGUGCAAUUUGUUGAAGCACAACUUUAUUUUUUUAUUACACCAUUCACAAAAUAUUGCCAAUAUUUUCCCACAUUUUCUUUAAACAACUUUUUCAACACAUUUAAAUGUAAGCGCCUCUCUUAUGCACAGCCUGCUUCAAGUCACGCUACAGAUUUUUCGUUGGAUUUUUAGUUGCACUCUGGUUAACUCAUUCAAAAACAUUGAUCUUUUGGUUAAGCAAUUCCUUUGGUGAUGUAUGGAGGUUUGCUUUGCUUUCAUUCCCACUUACAGACAGGUUUUGCACUAAAUUUAACUGGUUUUUCUAGCUAUUCAUGAAUCCCUCCAAGAUUUCCCUGAAGGAACAGAACAAGAAUGAAGUCUAUGACUUUUAGUUUUAAGUUUCAUGAGGUUUCUCCCCUCAGGCUCCUCGUUAGGAGGUGAAAUGCUACCCAACUGGGUUCAGGUUUGAUGACUUGACUUAAUCUUAAACCGUCCACUUUUUACCCUUUGUUGUGUUGGCAGUAUGUUUUGGAUUGUUGCCAUGCUGCAUAAUGAGGUUCCUCCUGAUUAAUUUGGAUAAAUUUCUUUGUAAAUUGGCAGACAGUAUGUUUCUGUUUCUGUGUUUAUUCAGUUCAAUCAUAAGUAAACAUUAGGAAGCCUGUUUACAAACAGCCAUGUAAUCUGUAUUUCUAUCAUCUGUUCUGUCAGAACAUUCACCUCAUUUUUGUAGGACAUUCCAAUUGGACUUUUGUUGAGCUUGGAUGUUUUUGUGAGAAAGAGCUUCCAUCUUGCCACCCUACCCUAUUGCUCAGACAUGAAGAAUCUAGAGAGUAAUCAGUACUUGGUUGUACAGGGAUGUCCUCUUUUUGUUUAUGUCCCUGUGUUGCCUCAUAUCACUUGUUGCUUUGUUGAUAAUGGCCUUUCGGUGUUCUAAUCUUCUGGAAAUUCUUUUACACACUCUUUGAGGAACAUGGAUUCAGAUGAAACCAAGAAGAAGUAAAGAAAAUCUUGUACUCUCCUAAACCUAACCCUAGAAACAGCAGAUUUUUAUUUGGCUUAAUCAGAAUCAUUUCAUUGUUAGCAGUUGUAUAAUAAUGACUUUUGAUCAUGAGAAAAUUAAUGAACCGCUCAUGACAACAGUUAAUAAAAAAGUAAUUCAUGACUAUUAUAUUCUUUCCAAAUUCUUUAUUUUUCCAUGAUACUCACAGUCCCAUAGUUACCAAAUGCUAUAAACAAAGUUAAGUAAUUAUCACAUACCCGUCUUAGCAGACAAUAGACCAUUUUCAAAUUCAGAUGAAAAAUGUUAGUGAAUAGACGUCAGGCAUAGCUACAUAAAAAAAAAUGCUAGUGAAUAGACGUCAGGCAUAGCUACAUAAAAAAAAUGCUAGUGAAUAGACGUCAGGCAUAGCUACAUAAUUGCUCACUAUUCAUACAGUUACAUCAAAAUUCUA